AAAAAAAAAAAAAGAGCCAGGUCCAUUUAAAGUUGCUGCCGGAGAGCUGUUCUCAUUGGUUAGGGGGGAGCUGGAGGAGCGGAGACACACACGGUGCGUGCAGCCCUCGCUGCCGCCGCUGCUGCCGCUGCUGCCGCCGCCGGAGCCGCCGCCGCUGGAGUUGUCUCUGCCGCUUUCCCUGCUGCAGCGGCACAAACGUGACUUCCACCGGUUUGAUUAUUUAUCUUCUCCUCUCGGCCCCUUUCCUUCUCCAAGAUGUAACUACAGCUCUGACACUAAGGACCUGCAGAUCGCUUAGGUGGCUUGAGAAAGAGAAAAGGGGAUAUCAAGGGCGUCGUUUUUUGUGUUUAGGGGGAAAUUUUCCAUUAUAAUGUUUCACUAAAGUGAAUUUUUUUUUGUUUCCUUCGCAUUCGUCUUUUUUUUUUUUUUUUUUUUUUUUUUUUCCCGUCCCCCAUUUCUCGGAUUUAUUGCUAGGAGAAUCACAUUGUGAGGAAAGAAAGUCGGAUUACAAGAUACCACUACAAACAACCCCCUCCCCCCAGGAUUUUUUCGUGGUUUUUUUUUUUUUUUUUUUUUAAAUUGUCGCGGCUUUAAUUCAUGAAGCAAUUGUCCCCUUUUGCAAUCAGAAUUUGGAUACCAGAAUGAGCAAAGAAAGACCCAAGAGGAAUAUAAUUCAAAAGAAAUACGAUGACAGCGAUGGGAUUCCCUGGUCAGAGGAGAGGGUGGUGCGGAAGGUCCUUUAUUUAUCUCUGAAGGAGUUCAAGAACGCACAGAAGCGGCAGCACGGUGAUGGCAUUAGCGGGAGCCUCAAGGCAGUGAACGAUGGAGGAGGACUGGCCCGGUCCUUCACAGGAGCACAGCAGUUGCUGACGUGCCAUGUGGCUGCCGACUCUCCUGCUCUCCUCGCUCCUCGGAAGGGCCGGGCUUCUGCUGAAGGGUGCAGCAGAGGGUAA